GAAUGCUGAUUUUUUGCAACUUGGUUUGGGAAAAAGGACAUGUUGGAGAGGGAAAAGAGCUCCUGAGAUAGGGCAUACUUUAUGUUUUGUACUUUCAGCCUGGGGCAUGUCAUUUAAAGGUGGAGAAGCUGGCUACGAUUGAGUAAUUUUCUGGGACGUUGGUUUUGUGUGUGGCUCUGUUUCCUUAUCUCUUUCCUACAGUCUCUUCUUUCUCCUAUAACACACAUUUCGACAUUAUAAAUUCCCAUGCAUUAUCACUUCCUCUUUUCUUCUUCUAUUACUACUCGAAAAUCGGCAGAAAUAGAAAAAGCAUAGCCAUGCCAGAGCAAGAGCCAGAGCCUUGCUUGCCUAAUAACCUGGAAUGGCCAGCGCCUGACUUACCUUAUAGUGACACCAUUCAGGAGCUUCAUGCAGUUAUUGAAAAGGACUGGGACUCGCUCAGGCGGUCCGCGUGCCAGACUGCAGCCGGGAGAGCGCUGUGGAAGCAUGUGAUCCAUGACCCUCUGGCUGAAGUACUUGCUGGAGAAACUUACUUGAAUAGCCUUUAUGAGAAGAUUAAGAAGGACACGAGCAACAAUGCCAAGGAAAUAUCCGGGGUUAUUCUUGCUGUACGGACGCUUUGGUUUGAUAAUAACCUUGAAGCUGCAGUUAAUUCAUUUGGAGGAGCCGCACAGGUUGUUCUUCUUGGCGCAGGAAUGGAUGCAAGGGCUUAUCGUCUUAGCUUCUUGAAAGAAAGCGAUGUUUAUGAAGUUGACUUUGCCGAGGUCUUGCAAAUGAAGAACACAAUAAUACAAGCAGCAAUUAAUUCCACAACUGAAUGUCAGCAUCUAAUGGUAGCAGCAAAAUCACUAAACAGAGUGGCAGGUGACAUAAAAGACGACAAUUGGCUUGAAAAACUUCAAAUAUCAGGAUUUGUGCCACAGAAGAAGACGGUGUGGAUUCUGGAAGGUAUUCUCUAUUACCUUACCCACUCCCAAGCAAUGAGUGUGCUGAAGACAAUAGCAGAAAAUUGCACUUUAACCCACACUAUACUCCUAGCAGACUUUAUGAACAAGCAGUCUACAGCAUUGUCCAGUUCUGUCUUUCAUUUCUAUAGUGACUGGCCUGAUCAGCUCUUGCCAUCUUUAGGAUUUUCUGAUGUCAAGCUUUCACAAAUUGGCGAUCCUGAUGCCAAUUAUGGCCUAUUGCCUGAUCCCUUAAAUCUGUUCAACAAGCUCCGCAGCUUGCCAAGAAAUCUCCAAACCCACCCAGAUGAUGGAACACCAUGCCGUCGCUUGUAUUUGGUGCAGGGCUCGGGGUCACCAAGCCAAGUAAUUCCUUGAAAGACUCAACACUCUAGUGAAUCUGGCCAUUAUACAUGUCAAACUCACUAAUCUGCGGCUGUAUAGAUUUACGCAUCAUACUUUUUGUGCUACCAUGGUAAUACAAAUAGAAAAAUAGCUGCAUAGGGCCAUUUAUCUUCAUGCAGCUCAUGAACCAGCAUGAGAAAUAUAUCUAGAUGCAAACAACUUAUUACAUCCAUAGAUGACUUUAUCUUCAAAAUAUAUUUAGAACGUUGAAAUUCUAAUUGUCCAGAAAUCAACACAGUAUGUAAUAGCUUAAUUUCCAACCAGGAUAUAGGAGGCACUCUUUAAGCUAUUACUGACAAACAAAAUUUA